GCCAGUGUGUGUGUAUGUGAGCGUAAUGUGCAGGGAUUGUUUAUUACUGUUCUGAACGUCUGGAUUGGGCCCCGGUGAUAUACAUUAACUGCAAGAGACACAGAGAAGCCCUGAGGGACGAAGGAAAGUAUGGAGACGACAGUACUCAUGAUUCUGUCUUUGGUCCUCUGCCAUCUGUCCAUAUCUGCUGCCCUGCACUGGAGGAAAGCACUGUACCCGUCUGCCUUCAGAGUAAAGAGAGGAACUCCAACUCUACUUAACCCCUCCAUUCAGAGAUCUGUGGAGGAUGCCAACUUGCUCUAUGAGGCGCUGUGGUCAGGGCUAUACGUGGACAGAGGGGAGGGUGUGCUUCAUGUGGCUGAUGAGGAGUUGGCGUCUCUGCGGCAGCUACAGCCUCUGGAAGUGGUGUGUGAGGACAUUCUUCCGCGAACACUAUCAGACAUCCGCCGCCUCUGUCACCAACUGGAACAGCGCCAGGGACACCUAAGCAGAGAGGACUUUGAGCGUACCGUGCUCACUAUGGUCUACACAGCUGAGAAACUUGCACAGGCAACUCCAGGCCACCAGAAGGAGCUGUGGGAAGAUGCCUUUGUCCAGCUUUACAAAGCCAUUAAAAGAGAUCUGAGAGCAGAGUGAGGACUACAUUUGAAGUCUGUUGGAACCCUGAAUAUUUGGAAUGAAUGAACAUUUAAGUUUGACAUUUAAUUGAGCAACACGCUUUAUUUUCAUUGAGUUUGUAUAAGAACUGUUUUAGAAGCUCAUAAUAUGUGUAUAGGCGGAGUAAAACAUUGUAUAGUGACAUUGCAAUCAGAGUUCAGUUGCAGAUUCAAUGUAAUCUGUAACAUGUCAAGUCACAUUGAGGUACUUUUCAAAGACCCACCAGCACGCCAUCUGCAGUGGGCAAGUAUUUUGACAUUUGUGCCAGACUUACAAUUGUAUUAUUUUUUAUUGUUCAAGAAACAAAAUGUAAAACUAAGUAGCAUUUAUUUUUCAACUUUUUAAUUUUUUUUUGCAAAGUGUUUUUAAACGGUGGCUGGUGCGUUCAGACACUUCCAUCUCUGUGCUUUACAGAAUUUUCAUUGCAGGAUGGCUGGAAUUCCACGCAAAAGGUCUAUCAUCAGUUUGAUGUUGUUCUAAAAGUGUGUGUCUCUGAAACACAUAUCUUUUCAUAAACAUUUUAUGAUGUCUGUCCAAAUACUUACGGUAUAUUAGUUAUUGUGAUAUUACUGUGCUUCCUGACCCAUGAACACUAAUGAUAUCUUUGACCCUAAGUGCAAAGAGUGUCUUUUUCCAUAUUCAAAGUCCUUGUGGUGCUCCACUGUGUAAGGCAUGUUGCUUUAUCUUCUAAGAUGUUUAAUCCAUGUCAUUUGUUCCCCUCUAUAAUGGGCAUGUGGUGGAAAGAAGAGUCCAAACCUGCUCACUCUCUAGUUCUGCUUGCAUCAUUGCACUGUGUCUGGUUCAUGUAUAUGUUACACUAUUGAUCUACAUGUACUAUGUAAUAUACACCGUCUUUAUUUCUGUGUACAUCUUGAUAACAAUAUUUAUGCAAAAAAGCAUUCAAGGCUUAAGUCUUGAAAAUAAUGACAAACCAUCUCAUAUGCUUAACGUAUUACUAAAGCUAGUCAUUUUAACAUAACGCAACCUCAUUACAUCGAUUAUAGUCCAUUUUUGUUCGUACACUAAACAUUACAUUGUUUACAAUAUGUCUUUAUACAUUAUAACAUAUAACCAUGGCUAUUCAUUAUGCUAGCGACAGCCAAAGGAUGUAGGGGUGGAUGGGCUAGUGGUAAAGGUAUCAAGCCAGCAGCUGGAGGGUGGUGGGUUUGAAUCCCAGGGCUGCUGGGUGUUCAUGAACCCAUGUGGUUCAUGACAUGGGUGCUAGUACUAGGGUGCUAGGGUCCUGCUUCCAUUCUGGGCAUCAAAAAUGAUGAAUUUACCAAUAAUGUAACUUGACAAAUAAACAGCAUAGUACCUAAUGGCAGCAUUAACAAGCAUCAUGUUUCAAUAAAUUAGCAGUAAACAGAACAAUAAAGAAAGCAUUUAACUCAAGUUUCAAUAAAUCAUUAAGUAUUCUUUUUUUACUGUGGUGACUAAACACUAGAACUAUAAUUUCACAUCAUCCAAAGAACGGAAGAAAUAGGUCUACUUAACUUAAAAGAUCAAACAUGGACUAAGAAGAGCGGACUAAAGAGUAUGUAGACUUUAAGAAUAGGUUUACCCACUCGCUGAUCUGAAAUGAUUACAAUAAAAACAUACCAUAACAUUAAAACCA